AUGGAAGGAGCUAUGUUUAAAAGAGAAAGCAGAAAGUUAAGAAGAGAUGCUAUAAGAGACCAACUACAAACAAGAAAUGAACAAGAGAUUAGAAUGCCUUCAAAUAACUAUAGAGCAAAUACGAACCAGCACGAAGCAGAAGAUAGUGACAGAGAUAGACAAGGCAGUUAUACUAGAAUAUUAAAGUCAAAUGGCACAAUUAAUCAAGCAUACAGAAGAGCCGAUGACAGUUCAGAACAAAAUAGCAAUAUGUAUCGAGAACGCCAGAUUAUGAGAACAGAGAAAUACUACAGGACAGGGCAAACGUUCGUCAAGAAAUACUGGACACAUAGUCCUUCGGUUGAAGAGUACAAAGACAGUGAUAAACAUAGAAUGCAAAGUAGUACUAGAAACGAAAACACAAACGUUAAGAUAGUUCCAGAAAAGACAGGGAUAUCGAACAGAUUUAUUUACAUGGAUGAGAUAUCAGAUAUAGACAAAGGUAAUGAUAAAGGUGAUUAUAGUCCAACAUAUAAACAGAAUGCAAGCCACUAUGCUACCACUGCUGAAAACAGAUGUUAUCCACUUGACAGAGGGAAUUUGAAAGACUCUGACAAAAUAAAUAGACAACAACAAUGUUAUUAUCAAGACGAUUUUGGACAAAUUGGUGGUGCCGAUAAAAGAGAACGGAGGAAUUGCGAAGAUGUUAUCCCAGAUUCAACAGAUAUGCUUGAACACGUACAUGGUUAUACAGGAAAUUACGGGGAUAUCAAACUUGAGGAUUAUAGAGGGAAUAGAAAUGACACCGUUAAACCAAAGAUUGAACGUCGAUGUACCGACGCAACAUAUAAUAUUGUUCCAGAAGAAUAUAGAGAGUAUCACCCUAGAGGACAGCAAUGGAUGGAAGAAGAAAGAGUGAGAUCUGAGACAGAAAGAAAUCAAAAAAUAUUACAAAAAUUAUACGAACAAAACAGACAGAUAGAAUACGAGAGAGAAAUAAAGGAACAGGAAGAAAGACAAUUAGUAGAAAGAAUUCGUAGACUGCAAAUAGCGAAGGACGAAUUAAGGCAGAAGAGAACGGAACGAGAAAGGCUUGAAAAAGAAAUUCAGAAAAAGAUGGAACUCGAAAGUCUGAGAACACAAAGGAUUGUGAUAUUAAAACGUCAAGAAGAAAGAUUAUCAGACCAAGUUGGAGAAGAGAUAAGGAGAAAAGAAUCCAUUCAUGAUGACACAGAGAAGGAAAGCACACAAUUCACAAAGGUAGAACAUAACUGUAAUCGAAGUGGAUUUGGAAAACCAAAAAUUCCUCAGUUUGAUGGAAAUGAUUUCAAAGUUUGGAAGAUAGAGGUGGAAUGUAUCAUUAAGAGUGGAAUCUACCCAGAGUAUUUGAUAGCGCAGACAAUAAGAAAUUCUUUGAAGGGUCAUACAAGAAAGGUCUUUUGA